AUGCGGAAGGCGAAACGUGUCCAGAAGGAUACAGCCCCGCAAGCAAAGAAGCUCUCCCAGGAGGAGAUUACUCAGGAAAUUCGGGAUAAGAUUCCCAUCAAACAGAGCGAAAUACCGCCUCCCCCAGAACGUCAUGAAGACUUGGCUGACCAUGUCAUGGGAGAUCUCUUCCUGCAAGCCGAAUUCGAACACCUUCAAAGUCACAAGGAGAUGGACUCGUGGACCGUGAUCAACGACAGAGGUCCGGGAGGCCGCAAGACGAAAGUCCUCGACUGUCGUUGGGUCUACGUGUACAAGUUCAACAGGAAGGGCGAGUUCCUGAAGACGAAAGCAAGAGUGGUGCACGAUUAUUCCGCACGCUCAUCGCCAUUGCCGCAAGAUUCGACCUGGAGCUCACGCAAUUCGACGCUGUCAACGCCUUCGUGA